AAGGGGGGGAAAAAAUGCAUAAAAAAUUCUAAAUAAAAAAGAAAAAGCCUGUCAAAAUAAUUUUAAAAAUUGAUAAAUAAAUAAUAAUGAAUAUGAUAAAAGGACCGACAUCAUUUAAAACUAGAAUUUAGUGUAUAUUGCUCCCACAAGGACCAGUCCUCUAUAAAUUCUACCAAGAAAGCUGUAGAUUCGUUCACAUUCUCUCUCUCUCUAUUAGAAAUCAGUAUUUGGACAAAGCUCAAGUCUCUCAAGUGGCCAAAGGCUUUAAAAUUAGGAGUACUUACUACAACUUUCAAAGUUUUCAAAUGCCAAUCUUCAUUAUGUUUGAUCUCUCUGUUCUUCUUCUUGUUCUUCUACUAUCAUCAUCAUCAUCACUGCCAGCAAUUGCAAAUGAAGAAGGGGAUGCUCUGUAUGCAUUGAGGAGAGCAGUGAAAGACCCAAACAAUGUAUUGCAUAGUUGGGAUCCGACGUUGGUGGAUCCUUGUACUUGGUUUCACGUCACUUGUGACUCUGCUAAUCGGGUCACCCGCCUGGACCUUGGAAAUGCAAAGCUGUCGGGUAAUCUUGUUCCCGAGUUAGGGAAGCUUCAACAUCUUCAGUACCUGGAACUCUACAUGAACAACUUGGUUGGGCCAAUACCAAAAGAAGUUGGAGGUUUAAAGAGCCUAUUGAGCUUGGAUCUUUACCACAAUAACCUCACUGGGCCUAUCCCUUCUUCACUCUCCACCCUCUCCAAUCUCAGAUUUCUGAGACUAAACAGUAACAGGCUCACAGGAAGAAUACCAAGAGAACUUUCCAAGCUUGGAAACCUCAAGAUCUUGAAUGUGUCAAACAACGAUUUGUGUGGUACCAUUCCAACCUCAGGCACUUUUUCCAAGUUCACAGAAGAAAGUUUUAUAAAUAAUCCAAGACUCGAAGGACCGGAACUGAUGGGAUUUGUGAGAUACAAUACAGGAGGCUGCAACUAAGAGCUGACAGAGAGAGAAGGGCCAUUAGUUUUGCAAAAGCAAAUGUGUUUUUCCUUAAAAACUCUCUGAGGGGCUAAAAUCACACUUUGAAUAGUCUUCUUGUAUAAUAAAGUGUGGAGAUUCUCAAAUCCAUGCUUUGUUUUAGCUGUACCAUACAAAUAUAUAUAUAGGCAUAUGCUUGUGCUGCCACUAAUAGAAGUGUAGGUGUUUGUUUAAUUCAAGAAUCUUAUUGUACUACAUAGAUAUACAGAGUUAGAAGAAAGUUUUCUCUUUUUUUUUUUAAUUGUAUGAUUUUGUAGUGCAACAACUAACGGAGAGACUUGCUUUUGCUUCCGUGUUUUGUUU